UACUGUCGUCUGUCAUUCAUCGAAUGACCUGAGUAAAAAAACCCUAAAGUUUAAUACUUAAUUAAUACUUACGUAUCAUAUAAACAUGAAUACAAAAAUCAUCCUAAUAUACAUUUCGACAUUCGUGCUCGGCAAUGUUUAUUGCGCUAGUGAUCUGACUGAAGAAGAAAUCGGACAUGUUAUCGAAGGCCGUGUGUUUCCUCCUGAGGAUCCCAACAACAGCAAUUGGCAAUUGGACACCCGCGUUCACGUUAACGGAGGCGAGUACAUCGGUUUUGUCCGAGAAGAUGGGACAUUUGUGGUGCAUAAUUUACCGUCCGGUUCAUACGUCGUCGAAAUCGUACACCCAGACUACAUGUACGAACCCGUGCGUGUCGAAAUCAAUUCUAAAGGCAAAUACAGAGCUAGAAAAGUCAAUUACGUUCAAACUUCACAAGUCAUUCAAGUACCUUACCCGCUGAGGAUGAAACCAGUCACCAAAUUCAGAUAUUUUCAAGUUCGGGAACAAUGGAGGCUCACUGACUUCUUGUUCAACCCAAUGGUGGUAAUGAUGGUGCUACCAUUAUUCUUAAUCAUGAUUCUACCUAAAAUGAUGAAUGAUCCUGAGACUAAAGAGGAUUUGAAGCAGAUAAGCAAUCUGGCAAAAAUAUCUGAUGUGCCGGAAAUGUCGGAAAUGUUUACUAAAAUCUUCAAUAGGGGUUCAGUGCCAAAACCAACGAGUUCUAAAGCUAAACAAAUUAAGAAAAGACAAUAGAACAAUAUUUAUUAGUUAAUAUUCACCACUAAAUCAAUAUGUAGGUUAUUAAAAUUAUUUAAAAUGAA